GUUCUGCAGUAUGGCGGCCCCCGUAUCCAACGUGGGUGAUGUGUUUCUGUAAGUAAGGGGGGGAUGAAGCGUAAGAGCGGUGGUCGGGGGGGACCCGACCAGAUAAAGAAGCUCCAGCUCUCCGUGCAGCAGUUCGUGGAGAAAGCUGAGGGCGGCUUGGAUGCUGAGACUGGUCCUGCAGAAUCCUGGGCCACUGGAGGCAGACCCAAGAGCCGUAAGGAGCUGAGGAAGGAGAAGCGCCUCUCCAAGAAGAUCCGAAGGAAAGCCUACUAUGAAAGGGACUUCUCAGGGAAACAAGGACCCCAGAAGUCUGCUGAGAAUGUACAGGGGGGACCCAAGGACAACCACCCGGCCACAAAGAAGCCACCGGCACCCAAAACAGCACCUGGGCAGGAGAGCAAAAAACAGCCGGUGAAGAAAGACACAGCAAAGCAGCAAGACAUCAAGAAGAAGAAGAAACAAGUCAGUAAAGAAGAAGCCAGGAAGAAGUCUCUGCUGGAGGCCAAUGAGAAAGAGGAGAAGGAGAUCAAGAGGCUGGAGAGGAGCCUGAGGAUGAACAAGAGGAAGAACAAGAGCUCCUUACCCCAGGCAUUCACUCAAGAUGGGCUGGACUACAUCCUGGGGGUCUUGGAACCAGGGGGGUCUACGUCUGGCCUCUAUGAUGAUGAGGAAGAGGAGGCAAACACCACAGAUAAACUGCACAAACUGUCUGAGCAUGUGGAUGAGGAAGGGUCUGAGGAGGAUGAGGGGCAUAUUGAGAAAGGGUCUGAGAUGGGUAAUGACAGUGAUGAAGGAUCAGACAUGGAGGAAGAUGAUGUGGAAAAAGAAAGGGGUUCCUUGGGGGAGGAAGAACUGUCAGAGGAAGAUGAGGCAGUGGAGGACCUUGAGGGUUCAGGAGAAGAUGCUAAUGAUGAGGAUCAGUCAGGAGGGUCUUCUCGGGACUCUGAUGGUGAAGAUGUGGAUGAGCAAGUUACUAUUAACAAGACUGCUCCUCAUCUGGACAGCAAGUAUGUCCCCCCUCAUCUGAGACAAUCUUCCGAGGCUGCGGAUGCAAAGAGGAGGGAAGAGCUGGAGAGGCUUCGGAAGAGCGUGAAGGGAUUGAUAAACAGAUUGAGUGAACCAAAUAUGGCGUCUAUCAGCGGGCAGCUUGAAGAACUCUACAUGACCAACAGCAGAAAAGACAUGAAUGAGACAUUAACUAAUGUUGUCCUCAGUGCCUGCAUCACUCCAGCCAAAAUGCCAGACCGACUCAUGAUGGAGCAUGUACUGCUCAUCAGCAUAUUGCACCAUACAGUGGGGAUCGAGGUGGGGGCGCACAUCCUGGAAACGGUGGUGAAGCAGUUCCAUGCCCAGUAUGAAGACAACACGGACAAUAAAGAGUGUGACAACCUAAUCACCUUCAUUGGACAUCUGUACAACUUCCACGUCGUUGACGCUCGCCUGAUGUUUGACAUUUUAAAGAUGCUGGUGUCCACAUUUACAGAGAGAAACAUAGAGCUCAUCCUGCUGCAGCUGAAAGACGUUGGCUUCGCUCUGCGAAAGGACGACGCUCUGGCUCUAAAGGAACUGAUCUGUGAGGCUCAAAACAAAGCCAGCGCUUUGGAUAAGAAAUUCCAGGAUCAAUCACGGGUUCGGUUUAUGUUGGAGAUCAUGUUAGCAUUAAAGAACAAUGAUAUGCGCAAGAUACCUGGUUAUGACCCUGAACCAGUGGAGAAACUACGUAAACUGCAACGCUCAAUGGUUCACAACAGCGCGUCCGGCAGUGACACUCGUCUCCGUGUAUCUUUGGGGAAUAUUCUGGAAGCGGACAAGGUUGGUCGCUGGUGGAUUGUGGGUUCGUCAUGGAGUGGAGCGCCUAUGAUUGGACAGUCCUCAGCAAAGGCAUCAACACAGGCAGUAGGAAAGGUCAGUGCGAAGAUCAUGGACUUAGCUCGUAAGCAGCGGAUGAACACGGACAUUAGGAGGAAUAUCUUCUGUGUUGUAAUGACCAGUGAAGAUUAUUUGGAUGCUUUUGAGAAGUUACUGAAGUUAGGUCUGAAGGAUCAUCAAGAAAGAGAGAUAGUCCAUGUUCUCAUUGACUGUUGUCUCCAGGAGAAAACCUACAACCCUUUCUAUGCCUUCCUGUCCAGCAAGUUCUGUGAAUAUGAUAGACGGUUCCUGAUGACGUUCCAAUUCAGUAUGUGGGAUAAAUUCCGUGAUUUGGGAAGUUUGUCUUCAACCACUUUGUCGAACCUCACUCAUUUCCUGAGUCACCUGAUAAAACGCAAAUCUCUGCCGCUCUCUAUCUUUAAAGUUAUAGAAUUCAGCGAAUUGGAUAAGAUUAAGGUCUCCUUCUUGCGUCAAGUUCUCUACAAGCUGCUGACGGACUCUGAUGCUGAUGAGCUUGCGGUCAUAUUUGGAAAGAUCUCUGACAACCCAAAGCUGGGGAUGCUUCGAGAGGGCCUAAAACUCUUCAUUAUGCAUUUUCUGCUAAAGAACGUCCGUGCACAGAAGACUGCACAGGAGGCGGAAUUGCUCACUCAAAAAGCCGAUUUAGCAGUUAAAGCUCUACAGGCAAAGGAGGGCAAGCUACGCCUAUAGAGGUUCAAUAUAGUGAAGAAAUCACACGGGUCCACGUCCUCUGUGUCCCAGUGAAGAGAAACCGUGGUGCGCUCCAACAACUUGUAUAUACUGAAUUAACUUUAAAGGUUUUAUGAUCACACAGCGUUCAUAAACUCUACUUUAUAACUUUAAAUUUGGAAAAGAAU